GACUUUUGAGUUUUGCCGUAGCUUCCUGUCUUGCAAGUGUUUUUCUUGUAAAGCGGUUUUUGUUGUUGAUAGAAUAUUUUAACUUAUUAAUAGUAAGCCGAAUACACUGAAUAUUAUGAGCACUUAUGCAAAAUUAUUUAUACGUAAUAUAUAACAUAUAUAUAACAUUAGUUUGCAAAGUUAAAAGGAAAAUGUCUACCGAAGAUGUUAUUGAAUUGGGGUCUUCUGAUGAAGAGAAGGAACCUGCACCAAAAAAGAAAAAAACUGUACCCAAUGCGAUGGUACGUAUACCAAAUCCGUACGCCAAACUUCCAGGUUUAACUAUAAAGCCGGCUCAUAAAAUGCUGGGGAAAAAUUGUAAACCCAAUGUAAAUAAAAUUAAAAUAAAUAAUUCAGUAGGUAUACAGCCACAGAUCGUAAAUUGUAGUAUUAGAGAAAAUACAAAGAUAUCACCUAAUAUGCAAAGUCUCAUACAAAAGAAACAAGGUCUCAGCUGUAUACCAAUAAAAAUGUGUAAACCUAUAAGGCCUGCCAAUGCAACUACUAAUAUUGCCAGUAAAGCCUUUAUAGCCAAUAAAACAAAAAUAAAAGGUAUAAUUCCUGGUAGGGUGCUUUUAAACAAUUUGCCUCCAAGUAUCACCAUUAAAAGAACAAAUGAUUCUUCUAUUAGAAACAUGUCACACUUAACUAAACAAACUUAUAAGAAAACAAAAAUUACUAAACAAGCUUCUCAAGUAAUACAAACAGUUGAAAUUGAUGAUGAAGAUGUGCCGGUAGCAUCUACAUCACUACCUCAGUGGUACAAAAGACCCGAAGAGGAACAUUGUGGGGGGAGCUUAACUCAACCAGAGACAAGUCUAAAAAAAGUUGAAUCAAUACAAGAACAAAAUAAUAAGGAACCUGAACCCAGCAAUUACAUUGAAAUAACUAUUGAAGAUAGUCCAAUAAAACCUACCCAACUUAAACAUACUGUGGAAGCCUGCAAUGCUAUCACUAUUGAAGAUAGCCCCAUAAAAACUUCUGUACAGAAAGAGGAAACAGCAUUAAGCUUACAGCAAGAUAAAAAUAGUAAGAAGAAACUUGAAUAUCCACAUGAGAUACCUAUAGAAAACAAUGGAAUGGUAGAAAUAGAAAUCCAACCUUUUGAAAAACCUGAACCUCAAACUAAUGUAAAAUGUGAUGUAAUUGAAACUGAUCAUCAUCAUCGUCAUACUGAUGAAUCCAACAAACCAAAACCGAAUAACCUGAAUGACAAAGGUAAUGAUAGUAUAACAAGCAAAACUGAUGAUUCUUGUGAAGAGUUCAAUGCUACUUAUCAAAAGUUUAUCGAUACAUGUUUUCGUAUUGAAAACUCUGAUGAUAUGAAGAAGAUAGUUGAGAAGAAAAUCAAAGCAUAUUAUAGACAAUGUUCUAAAGAGUUUGUUGAUUCAGAGGAAUUCACAGACUUAGUGUCUGGAAAGAUUCUUGCUAUAGAAGCAUCGCCAGACAAAAUGUAUCUAUAUAUUAAAGAUGUUGUUGAUGAGUUAAAUAUGCUGCGAAAGUUGACAAAAGCCAAUUUAAAGAAUGAAGAUGAUUGUGCAGACCACAGGGAAGAUACAAUUGAUAGAAGUGAAUAUGACACCAAACGUCAGAGACACAUUCGAAAGUUGGAAAAAACACUCAAGAAAUUACAUAGAGCUAUUCAAAAGCUAGAAGAACAGGAAGUUGACUUUGAUGAUGAAGAUGAUUCAGUUUACUUAUUAACUGAGAGGUACAAGGAAAGAUUAGUCAAAGUACAUGCAAAGUUUUGUCAGUUAACUAACACUAAAAUGCCAUCUGAGCCCAGUAUUAAGCUUGAGCCUCGACCUGGCCGACCUCUUGGACCUGUUCGAAAAGUUGAAAAGCUUAUCAAUGUUAAAGUACCAAUUGGGGCGCCGCUACCGUUUCCUGAUUUUCAUGAUGUGCUGCGUUGCGUAAGGGAGGCCAAUGAGGAAGAUAAACUUGGGUGGAGCGAAAUGGAAGUUAUAGAAGAAGCUCGGGCUAUAUUUACAAAUUGUGGUAAAAAAUUGCAAAGACGUAGACAGGAGAAUGAAUGGAGAAUAGCAGCAUCUCGACUACCAACAAAUGAGGACCCCGCUGAAAAUAAUGAAAGUUUGAAAAACAUUCUAGAGAAAAACAAAGAAGUAGCUGCGAAAAAGGAAUCAGAAGUUUUUAACAAGUUUGCUGAUAGGCAGAUUCAAUUAAAAUUAGAAGCGGUAGAAAUAGGCGAUAAAGAAGCUGACGAAUCUCCGGUAGAGAGUGAGGAAGAUGAUGAUGCAGACAGCACCUUGUUAAAAGAUAAACAAAAGAGAAAAAGUCGAUUAAAAAGGCUUAUUCAAGAAAAAUCUAAAUUAACUGUUGAAAAGACACAAGAAGAAGUACCUAACAAUGUGGAAGGGUAUGAUGACUGUGAAAAAGAAAAAUUAGAGCAGAUUAGCCACGGUGAAAGUUCUAUUAAUAAUCAGAAAGAGAAAGAUAACAAAGCUGUCAAUAGUGAUACUGAAGCCAAAGAUGAUGACGAAAAUGAAUUACAGACGAUUUGUGAUAACGAUGCUAUUGAAUCUGACGUUGAUGAAUUGCACCUUUUGCAAAAAUUAUAUUCAGAAGAUGAAGCAAAUUCCUCAACAUUAGAUUCAGGAUCAGAAUCACCAAUUAGUCUGCCUGAAUCUGAUAAUGAAAACUCAAUAGAUAAUGCUGAGACAUCUACUUUGAACACUAUGGACGUAAUAAGUAUUGAAAAUUCAAGUUACUCUGAAUCAGAAAAUACCCUUGAUGAAAGAAACAAUAAAUACGUUGAUGGUAAUAUUGAAAAAAAUGUAGAAGAAUUAUCUAAUAUGGAAGUUGAAAUCUUAAUGGAUGAUUCUAAUAAGAACCAGGAACAGUCGAUUACUGAUGUAAGUAAUGCUGAUCAUAACAAAACUACGACAGAGACCAAAGAUGAUACUCAAAAAGAUAAAAUUUCGAUAACCCAACCUGAGCAGCUUCUUCUGUCACCUGAGGCAGAAGAAGCAAACGAGAAUAUUUUGCUUUGUUCAUCGGAUGAUGAUGGUGAUAAUCAUAUAGUUAAUGAUAAUGAAAAACAAAGUGAUUCUUGUGUUAAUUUAGGAGAUGAUAAUAUAUCAAUAUCAGAAACAUGUGUCGGUAUAACAUCAGAUGAAAAUAAUUUAGAAGGUAAAGAGACGGCUUCUACAGAAAACGAUAAAAAUGAAAAUUUCACAUCUUUACCAUGUAUAAACGAAACAGCAAAAAGCGAUUCAAAAACUAUUGACAAUACGGACCCUGAAAAAGAUGUAAUAAUUAAAAAAGAUUUGAUUAUGACAAACACAGACAAAUUAUAAUAAUGUAUAUAGUAUACUUAAUUGAGGCAAAUAUUUCAUCAUUUUCUUAAAUACAUCUAAGAAAGUAACUAUUAAAGACUGACCAAUAUUCAGGUUCAAAUUAAUAAUUGGCGAAUUUUGAAAUAUUUAAAUGCUGCAUAAAAUUAAAUACUUUGGCAUCACAGGUGUGUGGUAAAUUUUGUACAUAUAGUAUGUAAUAUUACCUUAUGCUUUCAUUAAAUAUAAUUUAGGAUUUAGAAAUAUCAUUAUUUCUGAUAUGAUAUCUAGCUUCGAUAUUUGCCAAGUUCAGUGUUUCAAGUUAUAAGUAAAAAUGUAUAUUUUAUUUUAUUAUUAUUCUUUUGUAUUCAUUAAAAUUG